UUUUCUUUUCUUUCUUUUGGCGUGGUGCCUCCAGGGCUGGUCUCCCCGGCCCCUGAAAUAACCGCUUCCUGACCCCGGUCGCCAGCCCCGCCCCAGGUUGCCCACCUCCCCUCCACCCCCCAGGCUCUGCCCCUGGCCCCGGAGGGUGGGAAGCUUUGCCCAGCGGGGUCUCCGCAGCAGCGUAGCCAGCACCUGCCUCAGUAUGCUUGGGGUCAGCGACCCUCCUCUUUUCAUAAAAGACAUUAAGGCCGGACUGAAAAACUUAAAUGUCGUCUUUAUUGUCCUGGAGAUAGGACGCGUGACCAAAACCAAAGACGGCCAUGAAGUGAGGUCCUGCAAAGUAGCUGAUAGAACGGGGAGCAUCACUAUUUCUGUGUGGGAUGAGAUCGGAGGGCUCAUACAGACAGGGGAUAUUAUUCGGUUGACCAGAGGGUAUGCGUCAAUGUGGAAAGGAUGCCUGACACUUUAUACUGGAAGAGGUGGUGAACUUCAAAAAAUUGGGGAGUUUUGUAUGGUGUAUUCAGAAGUGCCAAAUUUCAGUGAGCCAAACCCAGAUUAUAGAGGGCAGCAGAACAAAGGGGUAUACAAUGAGAAGGAUAAAGGGAGCGCCAGUACAUAUGGGCCAGUGGGAAAUGGUGUUCAGACUGGCCCCGAGUCAAGGGGAUAUCAUCUUCCAUAUAGUGGUAGAAGCAAUGUCCGGGAACCCAUCAGUCCACAGCUACCAGGAGCCCGUUGUAGUGAAACAGUCAUGACCACAAUAAGUAAUGCCAGGGAUCCGAGGAGAGCCUUUAAGAGAUGACCUAAGCCAAAGAGACACGUGUAGUCUUUAAACUACGUGCCCUACUUGAACACUUAGUGCACUUUUAUUUCUCGUUAACUGUGAAAAGUUCGUCUCUUACGGGUUUCCUUUUACAUUGUUGGUUUGUUAAGAAGAAUGGUUGGUUUUUAUUGCAAAAGUUAAGCUGCUGCUCGGUUACAUCCUAUCGAAGAAUAGGAACUUUGAAAGCAGGAACAUUUAUUUUUAGAGCAAGAACUUACUGGGUAUCACUUGAAAACCUGUCCCUGUUUCAAGGGUGAGUUACUUAAGACACCAGCUUUAUGGCCUCUGGAUCUUCUGCGUACUCUCUGUGAUGUUUGCCAUAACAUUUCAUGGGAAAUGUUCUUCUGUCUUACCUGGGAUGUUGCCACCUGAAGUGAUAGCCCCCAAGCCCGAAGCCUGGCCAGUGCGAUGGUACUUCGAGUGCCUGUUCCCGGGAUGACUGGCUUGCUAGAGUGACCACACUGCCAUUCAGGCUGUUCAAGGACAAAAUCGUCCUAAAUUCUUGUUUAAUUACCAGAAAACCAGAUUCCUUAUCAGAAUUAUGGAAUAAAAUGUGUAAUAUAACAAGUCAUUUUUAGGCAAAAACUGUUCAAGAUAAUGCUCUUGCCAUCUGUUAAAAAACGUUGAAGAAAAAUUUA